AUGGAGCUAAGUUCACCAUCAAAAAAAACCACAACAUCGCCAAUAAAUAUACCAGGGGGGAAUAGAGAUAACCUAAUAAUCGGACCACAUUCUCACAGCUUCAAGACCGAUCCAUUUUCAAGUAACAAUAGUAGUUUGCUGUCCAAAAUAUCUACUAACCCCAGUUUGGAAAGCCCUUUCUCUUCGAAAUCUUUACUAGAUUGUUCUCCUGUACAAGCUGUAAAGAAGUCUUUAGAGUCGGAAGCAAAAACGCAUAGCCUGGACGAGGAGACAAAUGAACAGACUGAUGUAAAGAUCUUAAACAUAGCAGACUUUCCCACAGAUGAACUCAUACUAAUGAUAAGUGCGCUACUCAACAGAAUUAUAACAGCAAACGAUGAAACUACAGAUGUCUCACAACAAGUGUCGGAUGAGACCGAAGACGAACUCUUAACUCCAAUCCUUGCUUUCUAUGGAAAGAAUGUUCCAGAGAUAGCUGUUGUUCAGUACUUAGAGAGAAUUCAAAAGUACUGUCCCACCACAAAUGAUAUUUUUCUUUCUCUCCUUGUAUAUUUCGAUAGAAUCUCCAAAAAUUAUGGGCAUUCUUCUGAGCGUAAUGGUUGCGCAAAGCAAUUAUUCGUCAUGGACUCCGGGAACAUUCAUAGAUUGCUCAUAACAGGUGUCACAAUUUGCACGAAGUUCUUGAGUGAUUUUUUUUACAGUAACUCUCGAUACGCCAAGGUUGGAGGUAUUUCUUUGCAAGAGUUAAACCAUUUAGAAUUACAAUUCCUGAUACUAUGUGAUUUCAAGUUAUUGGUUUCAGUCGAAGAAAUGCAGAAAUAUGCAAACUUGUUAUAUAAAUUCUGGAACGACCAGUAG